AUGACAGUAGAAAAUUUACUAGUCCAGAAUGCUUAUGUCUUUCAAAAUACUUAUUGGCAUAGAAAAUUAAUACCUGACCCCCAAGAUUAUUUAGACUUACAGAAGCUUUUACACAAAAGGCAGGCUCCAGAAAAGGAUGAAAAAUUGUUAUGCCAAAAGCCUUUUCGCAAAGGUAAAAAGCUUAAAAGCAUAUAA